UCACCCUAACUAAAACCCUUAACGCCAACAGACACUUCUCUACGUCUACUCUCCGGUGCCGUAGCUUCCAAUUUUCUUCAACAAGAGGCGGUGGCGGUGGCGGUGGCGGCGGCGGCAAUGGCGAGCAGUAGCUGCUGGAGAAUGGCGGGGAUGGAGGCCCCACUGCUGAGCUUAGACUCAAUCGAGUGGCGCCAAGUCUCCGUUCCUUCCACAUCUACAUAUACGGCCAACAACGACAACUCUAUGGUUAAAGACUUCGCCUCUUCCUUCACCGUUGGAAACCCUCCUUCCUAUUUCAUCUGGAAAAUCAGUAGGAGUCAGGGAAAUGUGCUUGAGAUUGUGCGAAUUUGCAGUCAUAAGGAUACAUCAACUAAUGGCCUACGCCUUGUAUUUCCCGAAGCUCUUUUUCCAUUUGCUUACAUCUGCAAGACCGAGUAUGCUUCUGGAGAUUGUUUGGUGCUUUAUACUUUGACGAUCUCAGGGGUUGCUUACCUCAUCAGAUUGAGGAGCAAUCUUGAUUACGGAACUUUGUCUUUGGUCCCGGCUAGCGAGGUCCUUGAGUAUAAUACGCAAGUUCAACCUCAUAGUGGGGCAACAACAGCUGUUGCAGCGGCAGAAGGAUGCUUGCUGAUAGGAAGGAGUGAUGGAUCUAUCAGUUGCUUCCAGCUUGACAUACUUAAUCCCAGCACUCCAGUCGUUGUGUCCGAAUUGCGAGAUGACCCUGGCUUUGGUCGGUUGUGGGGCAUAUUGUCAAGGAGCCCUAAUUUGGCUGCUGUCGUGGAUUUAGUGGUAUCAGAGGUACAACAGAGAAAGCUUCUCUUUGUGCUUCAUUCUGAUGGGAGUUUUCGGGUAUGGGACCUUCUAAGCCGUAGUAAAAUUUUCGGUCAUGCCAUGACAGUUCCAGCAAGUACAGGUGCAUUCAUUAGGUUGUGGACGGGAGAAGCAAAUAUAGUCACAGGGGUAAUUCCUUUGGCAUUGCUUCAUGGGCGAAAUUUGGAAGUUGCAACAGAAACGAUCUAUCUAUACGGACUUCGACUUAAUGUGGGAGAAAAAACACCAUUGUCAUUGGAGCCUUCAUCAAGAAGAAUCUCACUGGGAGAGGCUGGACCGAUUGAUGUUAAACUUACUUCGGACAAAGUGUUGAUUCUCAAGGAAGAUGGCCUCAUAAUGCAAGAAUUGAAUAGUGAUGACUCCACAGAGGGUUUAGCACAUUACUAUACAUUGCAAGAAAAUUUGGUUGCUGACCUGCUAUUUCAGAGUUCUGAACAUUCUUCAGAUGAUCUUCUUUGGCUUGCCUAUUCAGCAUUUUAUUCCGCAAAGGAGGAAAUCACGCCAUUUCUAUCUUCUGUGUUUUUUCAUGGGUUGUUUUUUCCUGGGGUUCAUUGCAAUGCUGUUAUCAGACAAACGCUAGCGGAUUACCACAAGCACUACACUGAUUCCGAGUUUGGUUCCUUCACUGUUGAAGGUCUGAAGAGUGAGAUUUUGUUGUUGAUUGAAUAUCAGGGUGGAAGUGACAGUCCUGUUUCCGUUCUUCAAUGUUGGAAAGCUUUCUGCGACCGUUAUGUGAAUAAUUGGUGUAAAUACAAUGCAGCAUAUGGUCUUCUCAUGGAUCCGUCGACAGGUGCUUUUGGUAUAAUUAGGAACUACACAAUCUCUCUAUGCCGUGGCUUGGAGGAUGUGGAGCAUAUCAUAUAUGGCUCUUUUAAGGACCAGAAAAAUUAUAUAGGCCGUGAGCUGGAUUAUUUGGGUGAUGAGUCUUCUGAAAGAGAAAUUCUCUUUGAGUUUCUACAAUGUGUUCGAAAUGUGAGCCAGCAGUUGGGGAAAGCUUCAUCAACUAUAUUUCAUGAAUCACUUCUUAGAACACCUCAUAUAUCUUCCGAGGAGGUUGUUCCCCGUCUUCUAAAGAUUCUAGAAACUGGAUAUAAUUCUUCAACGGCCGCAAUUCUAAUACCAGAACUUGGAGGUGAUGCUGCCCUGGAAAAAGAAUUGUUAAAUCACAGAAAUCUAAGAAAAUUCUCCACAAAUAUCUUUUUGUCCCUUCAUGAAUUGUGCCAUAGAGCUAACUCAUGGAAAAAGGUUUUGGAUGUGGUUGAGAGCUACUUAAAGUUUUUAGUGCCUCAUAAAAUUGUGCUCAAGUCGGAUGCAGCAGGACUGUUCCAUUUAAAUGGUUCUGCAAUAGUACAGUCCAUGUCCCAAAUCGCCAAAAUGAUGUUUGAUUCCGUGUUGGAUGUCUUUAUGCUACUAAGCUAUAUGACUAGCAUCAGUGGGCAGAUUAAAAUGUCAUAUGAUGACGUUUCAAGGAUUAAAGUAGGGUUAAUACCAAUGAUUCAAGAAAUUGUGACAGAAUGGCAUAUUAUCCAUUACUUGGGGACUACACCAUGUGAAUUGCUGGCAAUUGAAGAUUUCAGCCAUAAGCUUUCAUCCUUACAGAUUGAUUGCAGUGAGGAUAAAAGAUUGUGGAGUAGGAAGCUUGGAAAAUUUGAAUUUUCUCUAGCACAUAUUCUACUAUUGGACAUGCAAGGUUCCUCCAGAGAAUUGGGAAACCUCCUUUCCAGUCAACUUCCAAAUCCUAUCAGCUUGGUUAGUUCAAGUAGGGGGCUCAUCAGCUGGAUAAUUUGGGGAAGUAGUGGUGACGAAUCUUCUGUAUUUUUCAGCAAUUCAAAUGAUCUUGCACUGAUCUUACUUAGAAACAAUCAAUACAGUGCUACUGAGUAUUUACUCACUUUGGUGGAUGCAUAUUCACGCAAGGAGAAAGCAUUUGGUAGUCUCCAGGCUAUGGAUGGAAAAUUGGCUUUGUUGUCCCAUCUUCUUGGAUGUUGUCUAGUUGCUCAGACUCAGUAUGGACUGCAUGGACCAGUGAAGGACAGAAAAGUUGGGGAAGCAAUUUCAUGCUUUUUCAGAGCUGCAUCAAUGGAAGGAUCUUCAAAGGCUAUACAAAGUCUGCCACCUGAAGCAGGAUGGUUCAAAAUUGAUUUCAGCAUUUCCCACUCAAUUGCAGCAUGGAAGCUUCACUAUUAUCAAUGGGUGAUGCAGCUCUUUGAACAAUAUAAUAUGAGUGAAGCUGCCUGCCAAUUUGCUCUGGCUGCUCUUGAGCAAGUUGACGAAUCUCUUGGCACUGUGAGUAGCACCUCUGAUGAGAACCUUGGGGAAUCAGUGACUACUGUAAAGGGCAGACUUUGGGCGAAUGUGUUUAAAUUCACGUUGGAUCUCAAUAACUACCACGAUGCAUAUUGUGCAAUAAUUUCAAAUCCAGAUGAGGAAAGCAAGAUCAUCUGUUUGAGGCGUUUCAUUAUAGUUCUUUAUGAGCGUGGUGCUGCUAAGAUACUGUGUAAUGGCCAGUUAACACUGAUUGGUUUAGUGGAGAAAGUAGAGCGAGAGCUUGCCUGGAAGGCAGAGCGUUCUGAUACCUCAGCAAAGCCAAACCCAUUCAAAUUACUUUAUGCAUUUGAAGUGCAUAGGCAUAACUGGCGAAAAGCCGCAAGUUACAUUUAUCAUUAUUCUGUGCGUUUGAGAGCCGAAGCUGCAGGGAAAGAUCAUCAACUCAGGUCUUUUGCCCUGCAAGAGAGGCUGAAUGGGCUUGCUGCUGCUAUCAAUGCCCUCCAACUUGUUCAUCCAUCAUAUGCUUGGAUUGAUGCCUCUGCUGAUGACAUCUCUUCUGAUAAAGAAAUCUAUCCUAAUAAAAAGGCUAGGAUAACCAUUCCAGAACAAUCUCCUGCUGGUGAUUCUCUGCCUCAAAAGCGUUCGUCUUGCUUAGAUAUUGAGAAACUCGAAAAGGAAUUCGUCUUAGCAUCAGCAGAAUAUUUGCUUUCUUUGGCAAACAUCAAGUGGAGCUUUACUGGUACUGAUAAACCAUCAACCGACCUUAUUGAUCUUUUGGUUGAAUCAAGCUCAUAUGACAUGGUGUUUACAGUGAUCCUCAAAUUCUGGAAGGGUUCUGGUCUUAAAAGGGAACUUGAAAGGGUAUUUAUCGCAAUGGCACUGAAAUGCUGCCCAAGCAGGCUAGGGGCCUCAUUCCACGGGAAAGAUUGUAAACCAUAUGGUCUGCUGUUGACCUCAUCAGAAGAUGAUUUUGUAUAUGAUUCACUUGAUACAGCUGCUGCAUCACACAAAUCUGCCGGAAAUAGCCACUGGGGAAUACUUGAACACUAUCUUGAUAAGUACAAGGCAACUAAUCCCAGAUUGCCAUUAAUUGUUGCUGGAACUCUACUUUCAGCUGAUUCCCAAAUUGACCUACCACUAUGGUUAGUCCGACAUUUUAAGGGUGAUCGCAGUGAAAGUAGUUUUGGCAUGGCUGGAAAUGAAUCAAAUCCAGCAUCCCUAUUUCGCCUGUAUGUUGAUCACGGAAGGCAUACGGAGGCUACCAAUUUGCUGAUUGAGUACAUGGAAAAUUUGGCGUCUAUUCGACCAGCUGAUAUUAUACGACGUAAAAAACCUUUUGCUAUUUGGUUUCCAUACACUUACGUGGAACGCCUAUGGGGCAUGCUGGAGGAGUCCAUCCAAAUGGGCCACAGAAGGGAGCAGUGUGGAAAGCUGAAAAAGCUAUUGCAUGGGGCUUUAUCAAACCAUCUACAUCUGCUGAAAGUGGAGUCGGAUGAUGUUAAAUCUUGUGCAAGCUAGUGCUGCUGGACUCGUUGCUUUCUUCAAACUUGGGCAUUUCUGAGCUCCUAAUACUCGCCCUAUUUCGUUGACCGGUUUCUGGUGGUUUGCCCUGUUUAUAAUCUUUGUUCUAAAUUACUAUGAAUAUUUUAGUGUUUGUUACUUAAAUUUACCAUUCUUCUUUCUUGUAUUUAGCAGUGGUGUGUCGUGACUACACGAAAACAAACAGUUGAAUGACAUGGUGCAAAUAUACACACAAAAACCAAUGAAAUUUAUUAACUA